AUGGUUUUCAGCAUAGACCCAACAAACCUAACACCCGGCAUGCUACCGCCGGAGGCAAUACUUGAAGCUUUUAUCCCAGGAUACGGGCCUUUUGCACAUUUUGUCUCUUUAUUUUUCCAAAUCGAUAUCUCCUCCUACAUCAUUGUCUUGGCAGCGUCCAUGUGUUUCUGGACAUUUGCCGCCCCAGCACUUUGGGAUAGAUUCCAACGGUUCUUUCUGAUCUUCGCAUCAUCGGCCGAGAUCCGAUACCACGACGACCUAUACAAUGACAUCAUGCGCUGGAUUUCCAUGCAACGAGACUUAAGCCAAACACAGCGUUUUGUGGCUAGUACUAGAGUUAACUUUGUAUCACUCUGGGAUGAGGAUAACGGGGAAAAAGACCUAUCUGAAGAAGACCAGCUGCGUUUUGAAAAUGACCCACGAGACUUCUGGACAAAACGAAAGUACCUGGACAAGCUUCGGACGAUUCGGUGUACACCUGCGCCUCUUGAUAUGCAUUAUCUUACCUACAAAGGAUGCUGGAUCGUUUUCUGUCGUCGGCCGUACAAGGACGUUGGUAGUCCCUGGCUUGCCAAUAUGGAGAGGUUGUACUUUUACGCCGCCCCGUGGAGAAAACAUGUCCUCAAGGGCCUCCUUGAUGAUAUACAGCGGGCAUCGAUUGAGCACGAUAGUGACCACAUUGUCAUAAAGCGGGCUCUUAAGUUAAAAGGUGAUUUUCAAUGGACACGCGUGUCUUCCAAAAAACCACGGCCGCUAUCGACGAUUGUGAUUGACCCAGAAUGGAAGAAAAGCUUCAGCAAGGAUGUCCAGGACUACCUUCACCCCCGCACCCGUCACUGGUACCAGUCCCGUGGCCUCCCUUGUCGGCGGGGUUAUCUUUUCUAUGGCGCUCCUGGAACAGGUAAAUCAAGUCUGUGUUUCGGCAUCGCCAGUCUGGUACAACUCGACAUUUUCAUGGUCAGCCUCAGUGCAAAUGGCCUUGACGAAAACAGCCUAGCUUUAUUGUUUCAGACUCUUCCCCCGCGGUGUAUCGUUCUCUUCGAAGAUGUGGACCAGGCCGGCAUUCCGAAUCGCGGUACUGACAAUCUCCCGCAAAUGCACGAUGAAACAGUUAGUGAUGAAAACAGCAUUGUUGAGAGCCAUCACGAGCGGCCGAGCGGUGUCACACUUUCUGCCUUUCUAAAUAUUAUUGAUGGCGUAUCCGCACAGGAAGGUCGCAUCUUAAUCAUGACCACCAACCAUAUCGAACGGCUUGACGAAGCUCUUCUGCGCCCCGGCCGUGUCGAUAUGAAAGUCCCGUUCAACCAUGCAGACCGGCUGGCUAUCCAGGAACAUUUUCUUGCCUUCUAUUUAAAGCCUACAGACACGCUCGUCAUGGGAACGCCAACGCCGGAUGGCUCUAUUCGGCCCUUAUCUACACCCGUCUAUUCAGAAUGGGCGUUAAAGGACAUCGUCGACCUAGCGGUCUCGUUCGCCAACCAAGUGCCUCCAGAUCAAUACACAGCAGCAGCUAUUCAAAAUUAUCUUUUGCAGUAUCGGAAUGAUCCGGUGUCAGCAGUGCGUAACGUGACGGGGUGGUUAUUCGAUCUUAAUUGCGAGACGGAUUUGUCAGCUUUCCGCAUAGCAGAAUCACCGCACCAAUUUAAAUUCCAUGGCACCAUCUACUCUGUCAGGGUCAGUGGCUAUAUAUUCUCAUGGCAGGACGAAGACAACAAUGAGGCAGUUGACUCGGAGAAACCUCGUCUCCUUCUUCUUCAACGUGCUUCUUGUGAUACUAACCCUGGGUAUUGGGAGGUGGCCGGUGGGGGCGUCGAAAAACAAGACCAAAAACCACGAACUGCUCUUGAGCGUGAGGUUCGAGAAGAGACUGGUCUGCAACUGUCCCGGGUCACCCAUCCACUCCCGAUUCGGAUCUGGACGCAACUCAAGGAAGGCAAGUGGCAUAAAUACGUUGGCCUUCCAUACAUCAUUGAAGUUGAGGCUUCCAAGCCACGCACAAAUAGCCAACGUGUGUCUCCUCCAGGGACAAAACUGGAGGACGCAAUACAACUGAAUCCUAAAGAGCAUCAAGCUUUUGCAUGGGUAACAGAAGCUGAGGUGCUCGAUGGCAAGUAUCAAAUGUUCGGAAACCACAAAGAGACUAUCCUCAAGGCUUUUGCGGUGAUUAAGAGGGGCUCGGUUUAA